AUGGCCGAGCGCGGGCACCGCGACCGUGACCUGCGCGACCCCGCGUCGCCGGCCGCCACCCCAAAGGACUCGCCCUCCUCAUCUCAGGCUCCGUCCGUUCAUCCUCUUGCCUUCCUUCCGAACCUAUUUGGGCGGCGGAGCACUAGUCACAAGACAAAGGCGCAGCAGGGCGUUACCCGGAUGAGCGUUGACGAGAGUAAUCCUCUCGGCAGCCCACCGGCAGGCACCGUCGCCUUGCCCUCCGUCUCCGCCGCCGCCGCCUCCGCCGCGGGUAUUACUAGCCCGGCAGGUACUGGCGCCUCGUUCGACCUCAACACUGCGCUCACCCUCCUCGCGCCUGGCGCGACCAAGACCGUUGCUGAACUAGUCGAGAUUGUCAAAGCCACCAGCGUCCACCUCGCCAAUGCCCUCCUCGACAACUCCACCACCACCACCCCCGGACUCACGGAGCUCGGACUGAGCGCCGCAGACCUGCGCACACUGUACGCGCGUGCCAUGGAGCUCUCCGAUCCGAAGCAAGACUACAACCUCCGUACGGCAGCAAUACGCCUCCUCGCAGUCCUCCUCGGCGGUGCGCCGCCCCGUGACUCUGUCCUCGACGAGAAUCCUUACGAUCUCCCGGCCUCUGUCUCUCGGCGCUCAAUCUAUCGCCUUAUCACCGCCUUUAGCGGCGGUACGCCGGGCAAGGAGGCCACGAACCAGAUUUACGUCGAAGUGGGCGCGCUCAAAGCGCUCACUCGCGAGGGCACCACCGUGGACGGCAUGGAAGGCCUCAUUGGCUGGAUGCUACGCACGUUGACCAACCUUGCACCGUACUGGAUCCAGUGGUGCUCGUCACCUGCCGACGGGCCGGAGACGGACGGCAAGGACAUGCCUUUCGGACCUAUCAAGAGCGCGAGCGCCGCAGCAGCGGGCGCCGCCUUGAUCGACCUUUUGGACAGCAUUGUGCAGAACCGCAUCGCGCUCUUCGCACCAGGCGAUCUCUCGCAGAUUGUUCGCCCUCUCACCGAGUUUGUGUGGAAGGGCAUCGAAGUCGCCCCGCCAAUCCCUUCUUCAGCGGAGGGCGUCUCCUCGCCAUCCAUCGGUCACCGCCCCACCCCUCCGACUUCGUCAACCAUUACCGCCGUAACCCAAGCAACGCGCAACCGGAUGGAAGUGCGCCGCACGGCCUCGUUGACGGUGGGCCGUGUCGAACCGUUUCCCCCUGGGGCCGGUAUCAAGCCGCCCAAGUCGCCUGUGCGGGCUGCGGCGACCAGACAGGUCAAGUGGAGCGGGCCAUUCAAGAGCGUCUGCUCGUUAGUGCACAUGCUGCUGGAGAACACGACCAUCAACGACGACGUCUUCGACGAGAUGUUCGGACUCCUCUGCUUCGUGUUCGGCCAAGACGAGACAGACGUGAUGAUGGACGCCGACAUGCAGCUCGGCACUAACGAUCUCGUGCGCACCAUGCUCAGCACCAGGUCGGGCCGUCGUGGCGAGCUCGCAUUGCGCAAGGCGCUCGAGGGUAAGCUCGUACUCACACCGACCGGCGGGCGCAGGACGAUCGACAUAGACCGCAGGGUCACGCGUGGUGCGGUCAUCAUUGCGCGCAUGGCGGUCGAAGACCGAGAGUUCCGCGCGCAGUGUGGACUCAGCUUCUCGAGUCUGUGUCCGUCGCUGAUUGCCGCGGAGAGCACGUCACGUUACCCUGGCAAGAGUGAUGCGUGCCCAACGGAGUGGGCCAAGUGGGCGCCGGUGGACCACGAGAUCCUCAACUUCCUCGACGCGCACCUGUCCGCGCUGGAGAGUGCGACGAGCGUCAGCGAGCUAGCGGUCGAUGACGCGUGGACCGAGGGUGAGGCUGCGAGUGAAGUGCUCGACGCACUCCGGCCUGUCGCGGAGGCAGGGGCGGGCAGCAUCCCACGCACACUGCUCACGGGCGAGGGCUCGCCCCUCGCGGCGCAUUUCUCGAGCCUCACUCACCGCAUCCCAGCCUCUGUCGGCCACCUCAACUCGCUCCUCCAUUCGUCGUCGUCGUCCUCUGAGAGCCCGUCUCCUGCUCCGCCUUUCUACCACCCAAAGUACAUCGCGCUCCUGCUUGAUCUCGGCACUCAUCUCGACGAGGACGCGGCUGCUCUCGUUAUCGACUACUACACGCGCGAGUGUCUCUGUCUGCCGUUUACGAGCGGGUGGAUCCAGAAUAUCUGGCAGCUCCUCAACACGUUUGGGUUGCACUAUGACCUGCCCCUUGCCCGAGUCCGCGUCUCCAACCUCCUCUACCACGACAUUUACGGGUAUGUGCAGGACCUGCCUGAGCAUCGAGCGACUCUGGUGGAGCACGUCAUCGUGCGUUACCUUUCCCAGUGGCUACCAGACGAGACGGACAACGUCUUGCUGUCCGAGGCGCUCGACGUGCUUGUCAAGGCCGCUGUCGCCGAGACUCAGGAGAAGGACGAGGAUCGUCGUCGUGCGCGCGCACUCAAGCGUCAGGUCGAACUGGAUGCCAAGGACGCAAGCCCCCUCCCAUCCCAGGGACUGGUUGACUCGGUAUCGAGUGGGAGUUUCAACGCUAUCCGCUCUUUGAUCACCAAGCUGGCGAUGACGAGCCCGUGUAAGGAGAUGAUGAGCCAUAUGGCCUCGCGCGUCUCGGUCGGGACUGUGGCGUCGAGCAUUGUGUCGCCCGCAUCAUCCUCUGUUAUCGAAGGCAUGACGAAGGAAGGCAGGGGCAGCCGCGAGGGCAGGCCAAGAGAGCCUGGCGGCUUGCGCUCCCUCAUGCGCACGCUGUCGCCAAGUGGGGCUGCGGGUCGCACUUCCCCGCCCCAGCAGAACGUCAGCGCAGUCCUAGCACAGAGCGAGGAAUACUUUGCUGGCAACUCCGGUCGCUCGCAGCACCUAAAGUGCAAGAGUUUGCUCGCGGUCAAGUCGCUCAUCGCCAUCUUCACAGGGCUGGCUUUCACCAGUCCUCUGGCGGGGAACCAGUUCUCCAUCAGGACGGCGCGUACACCCGCCAGCGUCCGCUGCAUUGAGAUCUACCGCGACGUCCUGCACCUCCUUUACAGCAUCAACGACGGCGCCGGUCGGCUGCCCGCCAAGUGCCCGCGCGGGCGACUAGUGGUCCUCCAAUGGGCGAUGCGCUUGCGCGCGGAUCGCAAGCACCGCAUCCUCUUCCGCGCAGACCUGAAUCGCUUCGUCAUGCCGUUCGCCGAAACACUCUACCGUACCAAGGAGACCGAGGGGGCCAUUCGGGCGCAGCUUGAGGCGGAGGAAGCGAGAAAGCGUGCACGUGCAGAGCGCACCUCUGCGACCCAGCAGGCCCGGGAUGACGAUCGCGGGCGGUCGCGCACUCACGAGCUCAGCGCUGGUGGCCGAUCUCGCUCACGUUCCAAGGCGGCGGGCGGGCUGCUUCGCGCUCCAGGUCAUGAGCGACAGGAGAGUUACAACCCACUCUGGGUGUUGCCUGAGUAUGUCGACUUCGAGGCGCCGCCUGACAACCACCCUUCCGAGACGCUACUCACAUACGAUCCCAAUCACCCGAGUCUGCAGACCAAGGACGCACCGCUCGUAGAGGGCGCGUGGCUCCCCGUGUCCGAGUAUGUGCGCGUAUUGAACGGUAUCCUGCGGUGGGAGAAUGACUGGGAGCUCGUGAGCUAUGUGCUGUGCUACCUCCCUCAGCAGCUCGGCAACAAACAUUUCUUCCACGGUAUACGUGCGACCAGAGAGAUCAAGGGCCUUGUGCGCGUACUAUGCGACGGCAUUCUCGAGACGGAGACGCGAUGGGAGCGGCGGUACAACAUUCCGUCGUUCAUCCGCCGGCCGCACAUCAACAACAUGGCUUACCAGAGCCUCUCGAUUCUCGUGUCGUAUCGCAGUGUGCUAGAUCGCGGCCAGAGCGAGCGCCUCGUUGCCGCCUUUGUCAACGGGCUGGAAGCGAAUGCGUUAGUCGCCAAGCCCUGUAUCCAGGCUCUCACGAUUUGCAUCUACGAACUCGAAGGUUAUGUCGCGAAAGCACUGCUGCAGAUCUUGCAGCGCGUGCAGCAGAUCCUCUCGAUCCCCAACGUCGCCGUGCACAUCCUCGAGUUCCUCGUGGCGCUCGGCAACAGCGUCCUCUACCGCAACUUUACGGACGAGCAGUACCGCCAAGUGUUUGCGGCGGCGAUCGGCUACAUCGCCGAGCACAAUGCGCGCUCCGACACGAGUGACAAGGACUUUGCCGCCAACCGCGAGUCCUUCACGCUAAGCCAGCAUGUUAUCGGCCUCGCUUACCACGCCAUCUAUCUGUGGUUUCUCAACAUCCGGGUGUCGCAACGUCCUCGCCACGUCUCGUACCUCGUCAAGGGCCUCUUGCACGCGAAGAGUCAGCGCGGCGCCAUCGACGAGCGCACAGAGGUCUGCUUUGACUGGCUGGCACGCUACACGUACGGCAACGCCGACCCGAAGCCAGCCCAGAGCUUCCUCUCCGAGGCCGUCAUGCUCAAGACGAACAACCAGGAGAUGGCACCGAAAACUGUAUCCUGGAUGCUCGGCGGCGCUAUCGUGACGGUCACCUCACAUCAGCGGUCUGGCUGGGCGACGAUCACAACGACGCGUCCGACUGGCCAGACGAGCGUGGUUGCGAAGCUAGAAAAUGUCCCUCUCCUCCAGCUGGGCGAGGACAAUGCUGAUCUUGCCACCGUUCCCGCCUUCUUGAUGGCCAACCGCCAGCUUCGACGGGACGUUAACGACAUUCGCUCCACUGUGAAGACGAUCGAGGAGGGUGAUGAGGGCGAAAGCGAGGACGAGAAGGAGAAGGAGAGGGAAACGGAGAAGAAGGCGAAUGAGGAGGGGACGGACGACGAGGACAAGUACGACACCGCCGCGGCCAAGAAGGACUUUGACCCGACGGCUGUGGACAUUGUCACUGUCAAGCCGCCGCCGCCGAAGGACGAAGCUGCCGCCAGCUUUGUGUGGAGCGGCGCUACGCCGUCCCAGCGCCGCAAGGACGUGACCGUCGACCCGUCAUACCUAGCGUUGCAGCUCCUCUCAAGCUACCCGAACAACGACCUGACCGUUCCGCGCGGCGUCCUCAUUCCCUCGACACCGAAGCACGAGCGUGCAGUCAGCGGCAUCAUCAAAACGAGCGUAAUCAACACAUUCAAGAUUGCAGUUCUGUAUGUCGGACCCGGUCAGACGAACGAAACGGAGAUUCUCGGUAACGUCGACGGCUCGCCGCUCUUCCUCGAUUUCCUAGCGGGCUUGGGCCGCAUCAUCCGUCUUAAGGGCCAGGUAGACGUGUUCACGGGUGGCAUGGACCGCGAGAACGACACGGACGGCCUAUACGCUUACGCGUGGUGGGAUGACCUGGCACAGAUGAUCUUCCAUGCCCCGACGCUCAUGCCCAACUUUUCCCAUUUCCCCGAGUACACAAACAAGAAGCGGCUGGUGGGUAACGACUACGUCAAGAUCAUCUACAACGAGAGCGGUGUCGACUUUGCCUUUGAUACGAUCAGGACGAGCUUCAACUUUGUCAACAUUGUCAUCAGUCCGUAUGCGACGCGCGACGCCGCCGACGCCGGCUCCCUCCUCUCGGCAUCUACCUCAGCUCCCGCACCACAGGAAUACGGCCCGCCGCGCGACGAGUGGGGCGGCGACAGCGAGGACUUCUUCAAAGUCGUCCUCCAGGUCCGGCCUGGCAUCCCCGACUUUUCACCAGUUGGGGAGUACAAGCUCGUAUCCCGGCGCAAUUUGCCCAUCCUCGUCCGCCAGAUCGCGCACCAGGGCAACUCGAUGGCCCUGCGCUUCCAGCAUGUGCAGGGAGCGGUCGAUUCCGAGUCGGCAGAGUACAUCACUGACUGGCGCACGCGGUGGCGGUCGAUGCAGCGACUUCGGAACAUGCUGCCCAAAGAAGCACCGCCCAAGGACUCACAGGAGGCCGAGGAGCUGCUCCGAGAUUUCUCGCGCAACUUCACGCCUGUGGUGGUCGACGAGACAUAG